GAGAGAGAAGCGGAAUGGCGCCCCCUGGCGCGGUGCAGGGGAGCAUACACCGAUUCCUUUGUGCUCUCAGCUGGUCCUUCCUGGUUCUCUGAAUGGAGAAACUCCAAGACUGCACACUCAUUCUCCAGCCUGAAACUGAUGGGGACAGGGAAGGGACAGGGAAGGGACAGGGAGAGAGGCCUGGUGGUGAGGAUAAUGGGGUGUCAGUUGAGGAAGCUAAGCUGGGGCUUCUCCUAUGGCAAAUCUGCUACCCUCAGGGUCCGAUCUGGAAGCUGAUCCAGAACCGUAUUCACUUGUACCAAUUUCUCCUUCUGAAGAUGGCCAUCUUUCAGCACUGGGUGUCGGGACUAGCCCAGGAAGCCCGGGGUUCUGGCAGUGACCAGGCCUGCCUACUUCCAGAAGUCAUCAUAACCUAUGCUCUGGGCUUGGUCCUUCGAGCUGGACUGGCAUUGCUGUGGGUCCCUAUGUGGCUGCUGCUCUGGGGACCCAGGUUGUCAUACAGAGUCGGACUGUGCUGCACCCACACUAUGAAGCUGGCCCUGGGGCACCUCUGUGCCUGGGAACCUCCGGGUCUGUCUCCAGCCACCUUCAGGGACCUGUUUCUAUCCUGCCUGCAUCGCCUGAUGCUGGUGGCCUUGCUGGUACUGCUGCUAACCUGGAAGCUGUUGCAGAAAGCCCAUCACUCCAGUCUGGGCUGGCUGCACAGCCAGAGUUCUAUGCUCCUGGAAGCCCUGGCUUUGCUGAGACGCCUCUACCUGUGGGUGGAGCACAGGACCACACUCACUUCCUGGAACCUGGCCUAUCUUGUCACUUGGACUACCUGUCUCGCUUCCCACCUGCUUCAAGCUGCCUUUGAGCACACAGCCCAACUGGCCCAGGCCCAGGAGGUCUCAUUCGAGGAGACCUCAGAGCCCUCAUCUCAGUUCUUAAUUCCAGAAUCCUCCACCACCGAGUCUGGACCCCUCCCUUCCCAGCCUGAAACCCCCGGAGAAUAAAUGUGUCCCCCACCUGCC